AUUGAAUAAGCGAAGUGGUACUACAUUUCUUAAAAUAUUGUUGUUGACGUUUGUCCUCUGAUAGUUUCGAUUACAAGCAGAUCCAAAUUUGUGAAAAAUCCCCAGUGAAAAAUGGAACAUUUACCUGCAAAUCAAAAACAAUGGACUGAAUUUAAAGUAGAGGUGCCAUGGGGACACAUAUCGGGAAAAUGGUGGGGACGAAAAGACGCUCGACCUAUUCUAGCCCUUCAUGGUUGGCAGAAUAAUGCUGGAACUUUCGAUGUCUUGAUUCCAUUAUUACCAAAUAAUUUAGCCUUUCUUGCAAUCGAUUUUCCAGGUCACGGCCUAUCAUCCUAUUUUCCAGAAGGAAUGAUGUAUCAUUCCAUUGAUUAUGUUAAUGUUGUGUUGAUUUUAAUGAAAAAAAUGAAAUGGAACAGUAUUUCUAUUUUGGGUCAUUCCAUGGGAGCGGUUAUCGGCCUUUGGUUUGCCGCCAUGUUCCCAGAUAAAGUAGACUUACUCAUUAGUAUAGAUGCAUUAAAGCCAAUACAAUUGCCGAAGGAGACAUUUUGGAUCGAGUAUGGAAAGCUUAUUAGUAAAACAUUAUUAGCUGAUCAUCGUAACCGAAGCAGCCGAGAGCCACCGUCCUAUACAUACAAGGAAUGUGUCGAACGUCUGAUGACCGUGUCUGAAUCCAUCGAUGAAGAUAAAUGUCCCUACAUCCUGGUGAGGAAUCUGAAAGAAUCAACUGAAACUCCUGGAAAAUUUUACUAUUCUCGAGAUGGACGUCUCAAGAAUAUGAACAAAGGAUUGAUUCCGCAUGAGUUCUAUAUGACUUUAGCAUCUCAGCUGCGAAUACCGUAUUUGUAUAUUAACGCAUUGGAUGCACCCCUUAACGAACCAUUGGAAAGCUUCCAGGAAACGAUUUCAGAAUUGAGAAAGAAUCCUUUGUUUAAGUUUGAGGAAGUGCGCGGUAGGCACCAUGUGCACUUAAAUAACCCUGAAAAUGUCAGUGGUAUCAUUAGCAAAUUUUUGAAUAAGCAUGUAAAUUCGUCACAACAUAAAUCACAACUUUAAUCGUAAUAUUGUUUUCCAUGUUUAUGUUCUCCAUGUUAGUCCUUCUACUGAUUCAUAUGCGAGAAUAUUUUUCAGAUAAGAGAAGCCUCAUUUGAUAUUGUUGCUCCCUAGAGUUGAUGAUGUUUAUUAUAAGUUAUAGCCCUGAAUCGC